AGCGGCUUGGGCUCGGCCUCGGUCCCUGGCCCGGGUCGCAGCAGCGCGAGCCUCCGGGCGGGGAUGCGCGGCGGCGGCGGCGGCGGCCCGCAGGUAGCCGAGCGCCGCCGAGUCCGGAGCUGGCGCGCGGCCGGGGCGCGGCGACAGGAGCGGGGUCUCGUUCUCCUCACGAUGGGCAGGGACGCGCCGCGCUGCCCUGAGGAGCCCGAGCGCCGGUGAAGGCGGAGUCGCCGGCCGCCCCUCCGCUGCCAUGGCCGGCCCCGGCGCGUGGAAGCGCCUCAAAUCCCUGCUGAGGAAAGACGACGCGCCGCUGUUCUUAAAUGACACCAGCGCCUUCGACUUCUCGGACGAGGUGAGCGACGAGGGGCUUUCGCGCUUUAAUAAACUUCGAGUCGUGGUGGCCGACGAUGACUCGGAAGCCCCGGAAAGGCCUGCGAACGGGGCGCACCCGGCCCUCCAGGCCGACGAUGACUCCUUAUUGGACCAGGACUUACCUUUGACCAACAGUCAGCUGAGUUUGAAGAUGGACCCCUGUGACAACUGCAGCAAGCGGCGCGAGUUGCUGAAGCAGAGGAAGGUGAAGACCAGACUGACCAUCGCGGCCGUCCUCUACUUGCUUUUCAUGAUCGGAGAGCUUGUAGGUGGAUACAUGGCAAAUAGCUUAGCAAUUAUGACAGAUGCACUCCAUAUGCUAACUGACCUAAGUGCCAUCAUACUCACUCUGCUUGCUUUGUGGCUGUCCUCAAAGUCACCAACCAGAAGAUUCACCUUUGGAUUUCAUCGCCUAGAGGUUUUGUCGGCCAUGAUCAGUGUAAUGCUGGUGUAUGUACUUAUGGGAUUCCUCUUAUAUGAGGCUGUGCAGAGAACGAUCCAUAUGAACUAUGAAAUAAAUGGCGAUGUCAUGCUCAUCACUGCAGCUGUUGGAGUUGCAGUUAAUGUAAUAAUGGGGUUUCUGUUGAACCAGUCCGGUCACCACCAUUCUCACGCUCAUUCCCACUCCCUGCCUUCAAAUUCCCCAAGCAUGGUAUCUAGUGGACACAACCAUGGGCAGGACAGCUUGGCAGUGAGAGCUGCAUUUGUACACGCCCUGGGAGAUUUGGUACAAAGUGUUGGUGUGCUUAUAGCUGCAUACAUCAUACGAUUCAAGCCAGAAUACAAGAUUGCUGAUCCCAUCUGUACAUAUAUAUUUUCAUUACUUGUGGCUUUCACAACGUUUCGCAUCAUAUGGGACACAGUAGUGAUAAUACUGGAAGGUGUACCAAGCCAUUUGAAUGUAGAUUAUAUCAAAGAGUCAUUGAUGAAAAUAGAAGACGUAUAUUCCGUGGAAGAUUUGAAUAUCUGGUCUCUCACUUCUGGAAAAUCCACUGCCAUAGUUCACAUGCAGCUAAUUCCUGGAAGUUCAUCUAAAUGGGAAGAAGUACAGUCCAAAGCUAAGCAUUUAUUACUGAACACAUUUGGCAUGUACAAAUGCACUAUUCAGCUCCAGAGUUACAGACAAGAAGUGAUCAGAACUUGUGCGAAUUGUCAGAGUUCCAGUACCUGAGUUCCAGGUGUAUGUCCUCGAGGUCUACAGCCUUGUUUAUCCUGCAGUACAGACUUGAGAGCAAUAAAUGUAAACCUAAUGGAGACCCUGACAGCUGUGUCCAUGUCAAGCACCAGUCUCCCCAGGACAGACUCUGCUCUGAUAUUUGCAUGAUUUUAAGACAAAGAACUUCCAAAGUACUGUUUACAGAAUGAGCUGUAACUCUGCAGAUACCUCAUUAGAAGACAAUCCAAGACCAUACUUCAUUAAUUUGACAGAGUAUGCAACAUGUACAAGAAGACUCAGAAUUCAGUAUUUGCAUCUAAUAACAACUUUUUUCAGGCCUUUUAUAUGAAGUCAGUGCUAGCAAACUCAGUGUUGAACUAUUUGGGAUUUUUGUCUCUGUGUAAUCUUGGCAUCCAGUUUCUGGAAUUGUGUUCUCUUUUUAUAAAAAUUAGCCCUCAACAGAUUUCAGAAAAUAAUUAAAUUCAGAAAAUGGAAUAAGCAUGUAUUCCUAAGUGUUUCAGAACUGUUUUAUUUCACAUAUAACUUAUAAGCAAAUUUUCCAGAUAGUACUGGGUUUUAAAUCUCAAUAUUUUUGAUUAUUUGUAAUCUUGUCAGAAAUAUUCACAUAAUGUGGAAAACUUGUCCUUAAGUUAUUUAGGAAAACUUUAAUAUAAUUAUAAAUGGCAGAAAUUAGAUUUAACCUCAAAUUACCUUACCAUAUAAUGAUCUAAAGCAGAGAAGCAAGUGAUGGUCUGUAGAGUUUUGGAUUCUAUCUUCCGGAAAAUCACUUCUGUGCUUUAUGUAGAAUUGUCUUAGGACAGUGAGAGACAACAAUGUUUCAGCAGUUAUCCACUGUCUUUUAGAACUGCCAACAUUUGUUAGUAACAGUUUGCAUAGCACCUUGUUCUCAUCUAUACAUCUUUCCGAGUACCUAUAGAAGCUAAGGCUGAGGUUAUUAAUGCUUACCAUUUAAAGGGCCUUUAUUACUCCAGAGAAAAUUUCUCUUAUGAUACAGGCUGUUCUCUAUGGGUUGCAGAACUACAAUCUUGAAGUUUUACAAUAAUGUCAUAGUAGAAAGAUACAGAGGCGUUGGGUGGAGAAAACUCUUUGAGAAAACACAAGGUAAAAGGUUUUGUUUGUUUUGGCUUGUUUUGGCUUGUUUUGUUUUGUUUGGCCAUGUAUGUGCACAGAAAAACUGAAAUAAGGAUGGACACUAAACUUGUGUCUGAGGAAGCAACAUAAAUAUUUCCAAGCUCAAGGGAAGGCAAUUGGCAGCAGUUGUGUUAAAGAGAAAGUCAUGAAUAUUCAUGAUUCAUUCCCAGCAGUUGCUUUGAGAUGAGCUCAUUUCAACCUAGCACUUUGUAUGGCUCUUGUCUCCUCGGAGAGUCAGAGUGGAGUAACUCUGUCCCAAACAGAUUGUGAAUACAAAUCCAAAUGGUGUGUACAUGAAGAGUGGGAAGUUGAGACUUUCCCUGUGUUUAAAAGUAAUAAGAAAACCUGGGUUUACCCAAAAGGUUGUUGGGAAUUGAUAGGAUCAAAACACAGCUGAUGUUUCUCCAUAAAACUCAAUGGGUAUUUGUUUAAUUCAAAGUUUAUUUUGAAAAAAAACAAAAAGUUUACUUUGUUGAAUUUUUAUUGUAAGUCCAUUUAAAAUUAUAAAUGCUUGAACUUCAAAUUUUCUUAGAAUAUAAACUAAAUAAAACAGUGAUUAGCAUAUGAGUACAUUACAGGCAUUUAAGUGGCUGCCUGGGCAUUUGUGGCCUUUAGAUAUCUAGGGGGAAAAGGAAAAUGUGCAUUUUAUUCUUGACAUUUUGACACAUCAGUUGAGCUCAUUUCUUGUAAACAUCCUUUUACCAUAAUGUGGGCAUAUCUGGAUUUUCAUAAUGACUUAGUCCUUAAGAUAUUUGGUAAAACAGCCUAAAAAUCCAUUUGAAUAUUGAAAAAGUUUUCAUUAAAAAAAAAAAAAAAACAGAAACACUGACAACUUCUGUAAGUCUUAACUAUCAUAUUCAUGUAACGUGGGAGUACCUGUAAUCUCCGCACUUAACUUUUGCAGCAGGAGCUAGACUUUGUGCUUCAUGGGUCCACAAGAUGGAGAGCUGGUAGAUUUUUUACUUGUUUAGCUCGUCAGAACCCAUAGAGGAAGGACAUUAAGUCAGCAGUUAGAUCAGGGACUACACAGCUGUAAGAUUUGACCUGUCUUUCUCCUUUUGAGACAUAGAGCACUGUGGUACAACCUCUCAGUUAAUGUGAGAACUCUUUGUCCUGCAAAAAAGCAGGAUCUGAAUUGGGGAGAUGCGGUGCUAAUCUUGCACUGGGAAACAUCAGGACAUAAAAACUUGGCAAUUCUCCACUGCGCUGUAUUCUAAGGAGUAUGUUCAGGUAAUUAGUUACUGUAGACAUUAACCUGUAUUUCACAACUUGGGCCCAAUGCAGUCUUUUGUUUUAGGAAGACUUUGAUUAACAAUCUUGCUGUCUUAAGGAGCAUACCAAGAAUGCAGUUGAGUAAUACAUACUAAACAGGCAGAACCAGAAGCUAUUGUAGUUCUUAGGGGCAGCUAUGUUAGCUUUCCACAGCUAAAGGUUUUCAUGUGAGCACAGAUUUUCACAUUCACAGCUUCCAUCCACAUUGUUUACCAGAUCACUAGAUGCCUUGGUUUACAGUGUUUCUUUUCAGUUUGGGAUAGAGGUUUUCAUUUUCUCUAUGACAUUAUUUCCUGAACUCUCAGUGUUCUGUCUUAAGCCCAGGUGGCCCACCUGUCAGUAUUUGUCUUCAGGAGAUCCUUCCCACAGUGGACACAGUCAAGAGCAGAGAGAUACACAAGCAUCUCUCUCAUUUUUCAGAGAGAACUUUCAGCCAAUACUUAGAAAUACAUUUCUAGGUGAGAAAGUUUUUAAACCCUCAGAUCAUCUCCUGUCCAGGAUUUCUGCAUGAGAACAUGGUAGAGAAUAUGAGACAGAAAUAGACUGAGCAGCUAAUGUGAAGAACUUUGAGUUUCUCAAAAUGCCAGUCAGCAUUCUUAGAGAUUUUGAUCCUGAAGUAACUUCAGCUGUGUUUGGUUUUCUGUAUUUAUGGCCAUUAGUUCAUCAGCAUGCAAUGUUCUUAUAGAAUCUGAACUCUGCUGUUGACUACCUUGUAUGUAGUAAAGUUAAAGCUACAGAAUGUGUCACUACAUAUGAUACAAUUUGGUUCAAUUCAUCUUUGGACCACUCUUAGUUACAAAUAAUCAGUGACAUCUCACUAGCUACUGUGCUAAGCCAGGAGAAAAUCUGGUCUCUAGGUAACUGGCUUAGUAUCUCUGUAGCUAGAACACCAUUUGCAAACUCUUAAUUCCACCUCCAGGUCUGUCUAAUGGAUCCUAUGGGCUAGGGCUUAAGAUUUGAUUUUGCAGAUAGGUAUAUUGUUUGUAAUGUUAGUGGGAGCAUGCAAGUAGAGAAAAAAAAUGUGGGAAUUCCUCAGUAUUGUGUGUCUCCAUUUAGGCAACCUGUCAGUAAGUUAUGGUUACAAAAGGUUUGUUGGAGACCAAAAGUUGUUUUCUGAUUUUUGUUAAGAUUGGUGUUCAUGGAGACCUUGCCAGCUAAAUCCAUGACAGUAUCUAUUUAAAUAGUGCAAUCAAUCAAGAAUACCCUGAAAUAAAUGCAACCCAAAGUUGAAAUGUGCCAGGAUCCCCCUUUUCUACCCAGGAGAUAUCUUAUAUUUGGAAAAUGUCUGCCUCUCUAAAUAAAUAUGUGAUUAAUAAGCCAUAUCACAGUUUAAGAAAUUGUAUAUAUGCCCCUCCAAAAACCAAGUAUUUUGCAUAUGAUUGAUUUUAGAAAGAUUUUGAAGCUGGGGUUUAUCUGUGUAAUGAAGACCAGAUUCUUUGUAUAUGUACUGUAUUUGUAAUUUUCAAAUGAAAUUUCCUAUAUGAUUAUUAAAGUGUUGUUUUGCCUUGUGGUUUAUUAAAAACUUAAAAUGUACAGUUCCCUAAA